UCCGGGGCAGCUCCACCGAAAUCGAUCCCGCAAGGUUGCAUUUAUUAAUUAUUCGAUUUCAGGUGCAUUUUCGGUGCAUUUCACGAUGACGUCGAAACUGGAGGUAAAUUUCCGCACACUCAUUAGCCAGUGCGAGGGCAUCGUGGCGGCGGAUCCACAGGAUUGGCGGUUGAAAAAGUACAUCCGCUCCUUGGACACGAUGCUCGCGGAGCUCGAGGAACAAACAGACAAAUCCGAAGCGAGCCAGAUAGAGGAGUACCAGGCGCGGUGUGCUGCCUUGAAGCGAUCGGCCAACUACGUGGAACCGUCGGCCGAGGAGAAGCAGCGCCUAAAAUCGAAACCCCGGGCGACCGAUCCCGUCGGGGACGAUAUGAUGCGCGAGGUGCGCCAGCUGCACAACGAGAAGUACCAGAAGGAGCUACGGAGCGAGCUGUUCAAUGGAAACUUUUCCACCAUCAGGAGACGGGCCGGCCAGAAGGUGGCCGAAAAUCUGGAACAAACGGUGAAAGAGUAUUCGGCCGAUCAGGAACGGCUCGCGGAGGAUAUGCUGCUGCUCACGAAAACGCUAAAGGAUCAAACGGAAACUGCCAACAAAAUCAUCAAAAAAGACACCGAGAUAUUAUCGAAAUCGACCAAACUUACGGACCAAAACACUAACUCGCUGACGACCGAGUCUGGCAAGCUGCAGGAACAUUCGAGAAAGGCCUGCAAAUGUUGGCUGUGGAUGAUCAUUGGCCUCGUCAUGAUGGUGUUUAUCGGCAUGGUUAUGUUAAUGAAGAUUUUGAAAAAGAAGGUUUAGUAGCGGGGGGCAAUCUGGUGUGAGCAAAGCAGCUCAAGAAGCCUUGAUCCAAGAAGAUAAGAUACCGUACGGGUGGUCGUGAUAAAGAUGCAGUCAUUGAUUGUGGUGCGCGCAGGUGUGAUAGCUUACUGCCCGCCAGGAUGUUAUCAUCCAGCAAUGUCUCCCGCUCUCUGCGUCCUUUUUUUUUUUUGUUUUGUUAAUUUAUAUGCGGAACACACCGAACGCGCAUUGUGUCUUGUACAGUUGUCUGUUCUGUUACCCAUAAACCGAGAACCAAUGAAACCACAUUCCAUCCCACAACCCAAGGGACACUCUUGA